AUGCCAGACGAUAUCGAAAAUAAAUCGGAUGAGUCUCAUCAAACUGAAUUAAAAGCUCUGCGAUCUCAACGAGCUGUCAUUCUUGGACAGCAAACAAAAGCCAAAAACUAUUUGUCCGCUAAUUUGAGUUCUCUUAAUCGCUUUCAGGUUGAAACCAAAUUGCAGAUGCUUGAAACCCAGAACAUCAACUUCGAGAAAGUGCAAUCCCAAAUUGAACGUCUUGAUGAAGAAGAACUUGCAAGCGGUAAAAGAGAUGCAUUCGAAGAAACGUAUUACAUUUUGCGGUCAGAUAUGCUCCAACAUCUGGACACUUUUUCGGCACCGAAUAGCACCAUCGCACCCAACAACGACACCAUUUCACAUAAACCUCGCUUGAAUUUGCAAAAGUUAGUACUCCCAUCAUUCUCUGGAUCGUAUACAAAAUGGAUGGAUUUCCCAGAUAUGUUCAACUCGCUCAUCCACAAUAACAAAGAGCUCACAAACAUCGAGAGGUUCCAGUAUCUCCGAUCAUGCAUUCAUGGAGACGCUGCCAGAGUAAUUGAGUCUUUAGAAUGCACCAGCCAAAACUAUGAAAUUGCCCUCGAACUUCUCAAAUCUCGAUACGACAAUAAACGGUUUUUAUUUCAGGCACACAUCCAAGAAAUAUUCCAGUUGCACUCCAGCUAA